CUACUCUGUAGCGGGUCUUGAAUGCGUAAACUGAAUGCCCGUGCAAGAGGUCCUGUAUUAUUGCAAAUUCCCUUGCUAUCCAGGGUCCUUAUCUUGAUUUGUAAGCCAACUUUCCGCAUUUAUUUUGUAACUCUUCUCGCUCUAAAAGCUCCCCUCCCCAAUAACUUCCCCUGCCCUUCAUGCCAUGUUCCUUACCCAUUCUCUCUUUCACAGCCUUAUUCGACAUUUCGCUAAUGUCUUGUGGCCAAUGAUGUCAUCACCCAUUGCACGGUCAUUAGCGGUCGCGGAAAAUGGAGUUUGACUCAGUGCCCACGAGGUUUUGAGCUGUGAAACAGAUGAGCUUAUGUGUUGUGUACGAUUCACAGACGGACUCAUGCAUGGGUUUUUUUGGGGUUAUGUUCGCUGGGCGCUUAUGUUACUUGUGGAUUGUCUACCAAAGUCCAAAAGCAAAGCGUAGUACCCUGCCCGUCAGUGUAGGUCCCAAUCAGGGAGGGCCAUAGUUCCUGGAAGCCGGGCGGAUUCUUACCAAUAAUGCAUGAUAAUGUCGCGCUCCCCAGGCUUGAGGCACUUCGAACACAGGCCAUCUUGGGAAGGACGCACUGCAGUUUGAGUCUUUAAACAAUCCUCAUGAAGAAGGCAUCCUGUUGCGCAUUCAAA